AUGAGCUACUCCAAUCCCCAGGAGGGUCAGCAAGGCAAGCCCCAGGUCCAGGCAUGCCGAUACAAGACCGGGAAGACGCUCGGAGCGGGAUCUUAUUCCGUGGUUAAGGAGUGUGUCCAUAUCGAUACGGGAAGAUACUAUGCAGCAAAGGUCAUCAACAAGAGGCUGAUGGCAGGUCGAGAACAUAUGGUUCGCAAUGAAAUCGCAGUUCUCAAGAAAGUGUCCAUGGGACACCAAAACAUCCUGACCCUCGUAGACUACUUCGAAACCCUCAACAACCUCUACCUCGUUACGGACCUCGCCCUUGGCGGCGAGCUGUUUGAUCGUAUUUGCCGUAAAGGCUCCUACUAUGAAUCCGAUGCCGCAGAUCUCAUCCGAGCAACCCUAUCCGCUGUCGCCUACCUACAUGAUCAUGGCAUCGUACACCGUGACCUGAAGCCCGAGAACCUCCUCUUCCGAACUCCCGAAGACAACGCCGACUUACUGAUUGCCGAUUUUGGUCUGAGCAGGAUAAUGGACGAGGAGCAAUUCCAUGUGCUCACUACAACGUGCGGAACACCAGGCUACAUGGCACCCGAGAUCUUCAAGAAGACUGGGCACGGAAAGCCAGUAGACAUCUGGGCUAUCGGCGUUAUUACCUACUUCUUACUGUGCGGCUACACACCAUUCGACAGAGAUUCCAACCUGGAAGAAAUGCAGGCCAUCUUGAUUGCAGAUUACAGUUUCACGCCAAUUGAGUACUGGCGAGGUGUCAGUUUACAAGCGCGAGAUUUCAUCAAGCGCUGUCUGACAAUCGAUCCUACGCAGCGAAUGACGGCCCACGAAGCACUAUCACAUCCGUUUGUCGCCGGCGAACCACAGGGCAGCAAGGAUGGAAAGGGCAGCGAUUUGCUACCUGUGGUGAAGAAGAACUUCAACGCAAGAAGGACUUUACACGCCGCCAUCGACACGGUGAGAGCAAUCAACAAACUGCGAGAAGGACAGCACGGUAUGAUGGAUGGCGUGGUAUCCACAAACCCACAAGGAGGUGCUAAGCCUUUGCAACAACAAGGCAAAGACGACUCUGGCGUAGGAGGCAUGGGAAUAGGAGAGGACGGACAGAUGGACACGGACUCAGGCUACGGAACCGGAGGCGCACAGAACGGAUCAGAUACGCACAUGCGCGGCGUGGAGCGCAACUCUGGCCAAGGCCAAACACAAGCCCAGAUCGAAGCCCAAACACGCAAGAUAGCAGAAACGACGAAAGGACUAUGGAGUGCAGGAGCAGCGAAGAUUUCCGGACGGUAA